AGCACCCCCCGCGGCGCAGGCGCAAAGCCGGGCGGGCAAGAUGGCGCUGCUGCGGCAGGCGUACAGCGCGCUCUUCCGCCGCACCUCCACCUUCGCCCUCACCAUCGUCCUGGGCGCCGUCCUCUUCGAGCGCGCCUUCGACCAGGGCGCCGACGCCAUCUUCGAGCAUCUCAACGAGGGGAAACUGUGGAAACACAUCAAGCACAAGUAUGAGAGAAGUGAUGAUUGAAAUGCUCAGCAGCAGGAUCCAGCCUGGGGUGGCAAAAGGCACUGCAGAGGAUUUGGCCUCCUGAAAAUGGUUGUAUCGAAAUGGAAAUGGAUUCCUGAUUGAACAACUCCGAGCCAGAUUAUAUCAGCCACCUACUGAUAUGAUGUAAACCAAGAUGGACUCAACGAGUUCUGCUGCUGUACUCAAACUUACUGUGUUAAAAUAAAAAAAAUAGCUUGGUCCGUGUCUCA